UCGUUUGACCAACUCUUUCAGAUUGGACCACUUUGCUCCAGCGCACUUUUUUACCACACACCGCAUUCGGGCAGCGAGCAGCAGCAAGUUGCGAGGAGCUGUACUGCACUGUGUGAUCGCGAGCCAAGUUCAGGGUGGAGCAGGAGGAAGGAGACGAGACGAGAAGUGUUCAAGGACCUGUUUCCAGAGUUCCCCAGCAGCGAUGGAGACCCGGGUCACGUUUCGCUCCAAAUGGCAGAGUGCGGUGCGUUGUUUGUCAAUUUUGAUGAUAGUGUGUAUUUUGCCAGCCGUAAAACCAGAGAUAACAUGCAGAUCAUGUCAGUUUGGGAAUACAUUGCGCGCACGUAAAUUAAUCGUCGCCCUGCAGACCAGUGAACUCGCAACAGGGUCCGCGGGCGAAGUUUCUGGACACGGAAAUGGGUUGAAAAGAUUCGAUCCGACAGGCGCCAAUACGCGGGAGAUGAAUGCUGCACCCAUGCCGGCUGGACAUGGUGGUCAGGUCAGAGGAUACUUUAUUAACUCGAGGAAGAAGCGGAAUGUCCAAAGCCCAGUGUCCACGGAGGAGACAACUCUGCGCAACGCAAAAGUUUCGAGUGUCACCAUGGAUAGGGGACAGACGGACCUCGGGGUGAAAUCAACUCGUACCGAUUCAACAAAUCAAAGGAACCAGACAAGUUUUGAAACGAGUGAUGAAAAAGUGACAUCUCCUCGGUCAAACCACGACCAAACGAAGAUCCUGCUGGAGGAGGAGGAGGCUGCGCCAAUUGGACGCAGAGUUGCGCGGUCUGAACUGCGCUGGAACGGAGAGGACAGGAGAAGCGCUGGUUCGAGGCAAGAAGAGCUCAAAGUGACCAGCUCAACCUUCGCCUUGACCGGGGAUUCGUCUCACAACCAGGCGAUGGUGCACUGGUCCGGGCAUAAUAGCAGCGUGAUUCUGAUGCUAACCAAGUUGUUUGACUUCAACCUGAACAGCGUGACGGAGAGUUCAUUGUGGAGGUCCACCGACUAUGGGGCCACUUACCAGAAGCUCAACGACAAAGUGGGGCCCAAGACCAUCCUCAGCUACUUGUACGUCAGCCCCAACAACAAGCGCAAGAUCAUGCUGCUGACCGACCCCGAGGUAGAGAGCAGCCUGCUGAUCAGCACCGACGAGGGGGCCAACUACCAGAAGUACCGCCUCAGCUUCUACAUCCUCAGCCUCCUCUUCCACCCCGAGCAGGAGGACUGGAUCCUGGCCUACAGCCACGACCAGAAGCUCUACAGCUCCGUGGAGUUUGGCCGACGGUGGCAGCUGGUGCAUGAGAAAGUGUCUCCCAAUCGCUUCUACUGGUCUAAAAUGGGCUUGGACAAAGAACCAGGCUUAAUUCACCUGGAAAGCAGCAUAUCUGAAGGACAGGCAUUGUACGUCACCUGCAGGCUGCAGAAUUGCACCGAGGCCAACAAGGGAAAGCCGUUCCCUGGCUUCAUUGACCCCAAUUCCCUGGUGGUGCAGGAUGAGUACGUCUUCGUCCAGGUUUCCACCAGCAGCCGCACAAUCUACUACGUUUCAGCCCAGCGAGACGUCUUCACACCCAUGAAGCUGCCCAAGUACACCUUGCCCAAGGACCUGCACGUGAUCAGCACGGACGAGAACCGCGUGGUGGCGGCGGUGCGGGAGUGGAACCAGAACGAGACCUACAACCUGUACGUGUCGGAGGCCACCGGGGUGCACUACACGCUGGCCCUGGAGAACGUGGUCAGCAGCAUGGGCCCCGAGGGCAACGUCAUGGUGGACCUCUACGAGGUGGCAGGGAUUAAAGGCAUGUUCCUCGCCAACAAAAGGUUGGAUGAGCAGGUGAAGACCUACAUCACCUUCAACAGAGGCAGAGACUGGAGGCUUCUGCAGGCACCCAACACAGACCUGAGGGGAAACAACAUCCACUGUGUGCUGCCGUACUGCUCGCUGCACCUCCACCUGCAGGUCUCGGGCAACCCCUACACGUCAGGGAACAUCGCCAGCAAGGACUCGGCUCCGGGAAUCAUUGUGGCUUCGGGCUCCAUCGGCUCUGAGCUGACCAAUGGCAAUGUGAGCGUGUUCAUUACAUCUGAUGCGGGCAACACAUGGAGACAGAUCUUUGAUGAAGAGUAUGCCGUUCUGUACCUGGACCAAGGAGGAGCCUUGGUGGCAAUCAGACACACUCCGCUGCCCAUCCGGCACCUGUGGUUGAGCUUUGACGAAGGUCGCCAGUGGAACAAGUACAGCUUUACCAGCUCUCCUCUGUUCGUGGACGGCGUGCUGGGGGAGCCCGGCGAGGAGACUUUGAUCAUGACGAUCUUCGGCCAUGUCAGCCACCGCUCCGAGUGGCAGCUGGUGAAGAUCGACUUCAGGUCCAUCUUCAACAGGAGGUGCACGGAGGCAGACUACCAGACCUGGCACCUCCAUGACCAGGGGGAGCCGUGCCUCAUGGGUGUGAAGAGGAUCUACAGGAAGCUGAAGCCCACGGCCAGGUGUGUCAUGGGGAAGCGGUACUCGGUCACCAUGACGUCGGCGCCCUGCGACUGCACCGAGGCAGACUUUGAGUGUGACUACGGCUACGACCGCAGAACGGACGGCAAGUGUAGCCCCGCCUUCUGGUUCCACCCGUCCUCCAUGUCCCGGAGCUGCACCACUGGGACAACGUUCCUUAGAAGCACUGGCUACAGGAAGGUUGUCUCCAAUAACUGCACGGCGGGGGUGAUCGCCGAGUACACGUCCAGGCGGCAGCGCUGUCCCGUCCAGGCGCCCCGCGGCCUGCACCUGGUCACGAGAGAGGGCACGCUGACCGCCACGCUGGCCGCCAACGUCACCUUUCUCGUCUUUCUGGAGGAGGGCGACGGCAGCAGCACCAGCGUGACGCUGGACUUCGGCGACGGCCACGCCCUCACCUACUCUAACGUGAGCUCCGUGGACGGCGGAGUGCGGCACGUGUACAAGGCGGUGGGGAUCUACCGCGUGGCGGCCAGCGCCCAGAACCACCUGGGCUCCGACGCCGCCGUGCUCUACCUGCACGUCACAUGUCAGCUGGACUACAUCCACCUGGUGGCCCCGUUCGUGGCGGUGAGGAACAAGGAGGUGAACCUGACGGCCGUGCUGUGGCCGGGCCAGGUGGGCACGGUCACCUACAUCUGGUGGAUCGGCAACAGCAGUGAGCAGCCAAUCAUCACCCUGGAGGGCAGUAUGGCGUGCACCUUCCCCCAGGAGGGGGUCACCACGGUGACGGUGCAGGUGUCCGCAGGGAGCACCAUCCUGCAGGAUAGGAAGACCAUCUCAGUGCACGAGGUGUUCAGAUCCCACCUGCUGGCCUUCUCGGCCAACCUCGACGACCACAACCCGGAGGUGGCUGAGUGGAGGCUGGACCUGAGCAGGGUCAUCCGGACCUCUCUCAUCCAGGCUACUGCGGUGGAGGAGGAGCAGCUGCUGGUGGCCGUGCUACCCGGCCUGCCCACCACCGCAGAGUUCUUCCUGCUGCCCGACCACAAGCCCACGGAGGGGAAGCCCGAGAGCAGCACCGCCCAGUUGGACCAGCUCUCUGAGGCGCUGCUUACCGCCCUGAACCAGAACCUGGUGCAGUUCACGCUGCGGCCGGGGGUCCAGGUCACGGUGUACUCAGCCCACCUGUCCGCAGCGCCCCAAGUGGACACCAGUGAGAACCACAGCGGCUCGGCCAUGCUAAUGCUGCUAUCUGUAGUGGUUGUGGGAUUAGCUGUAUUUGUCGUCUACAAAUUCAAAAGGAAGAUCCCAGGCCUCAACGUCUAUGCGCAAAUGCAGAACGAAAAAGAGCAAGAAAUGAUCCAAAGUCCAGAAAGUCCGACAGAUAGCACGCCCGACUCCCAGCGGGGCCUGGUGGCAUCCUCGGAGAUUCUGGACACAGAGUUCAACUCACGGCCCAACGUGGCCCCGGCUAGGUUCCACCGCCACCCGUUACUGCCCCGAGGGUUGGCGGAGCCCCCCUCGGUCAGGAGUUGAAUCCCACGGAGUUACAGGCAAAAAAAGCAAUGAAAAAUCAAUAAGUAUGCACAUUUGGAUAACGACUCGCUUUUUCAGUAAUUCCUCUAACACCUGGGUGCGUUCCUAUUACUUUUCGCCACCUUUCACUAAUUAUUGAUCCCAACUUGGCUUGGUUGCUUGGAUAUCCUUUUUUUCCCUCUUUUUCUCCUAUUUUUCCGCGCCUUUUUUGGUCUCACCUAUUAACCGAGAAGGAGGUCUGCUGUGUUCCAGCGUCCCUGUUCCUGCCUGAAUGGAUUUAUACCUCUCCUUUCACACAUGAAACCUUGCUGGGGUUACGCGUGGCUGCUCUGUCUGCAGUGAUCUGCUGCACUUUGCUAUCAAACCUUCUCCUCUUCCCUGUGGCAGUUAUCAAGAUCUCCCGCUUUCGAUCGAAAAAAGACCUCUCUCGUCUCUCGGUCUGCCCCUGACUUUGUCCCCUCUCUUUCUAUCUCACUCGCUCUUUUCAAUGAACUAAACCAACACAAUUAGUUGUGUUACUGUCAUGGAUGGAUGAUGAUGACGAAGUAUCUCUGUAACAACUCCUAAUUCCCUGUUCUUUCUUCCUCCCUUUUUUUGUUUUGUUUUUUUCCUUUCAAGGAUGUACAGAACCCUGUAUAUAUGUAAAGUCCUCACCAGGCCUCCCUACAUAUGUCAAUGUCUAAACACUGGACCUCGGUCACCAGUCUCCAAGAAUGUCCUGGUUUCUGCUUUUGUUUAUUUUCCGCUGUUUGGGACUCUAUGGUUUGGAGCUUUAUACCUGUGCAUAUGUCGGAGGUCGCUGAUACAUGCCACACUCGGAGAAAAAAAAUACUCUGUGGAGGGCUUUCCUUUUGGUUUUAGUUUUUUUGUUUUAAACUCCUCAAGUAUGUUUGUUCAACGAAACAUUUCGAUUCUAUUUAUUCAUACGAGUCCAUUGCGUAAUCUAGACCGAAAGCCAGCAUGAACUCAUUAAGGGAAGAGAAAAAAGAACGAAAAAAUUAACCAGGAGCAUUUGUUUUUCGCUGAACAAAUUCACAGUUUGUUUGCUGUACUAUAACAACAAUGGCAGUAUUGUAUUAUGUAUUCAUGUGAAUAUCAUUUACGGAAGAAUAUCAUUGAAAUGAAGUAGAUUUUUUUGUAAAAUCACGAAUGUUUAUGUAAGAAAUGUGUGUAUUUUAAUACAAUUAUCAAAGUAAAAAGAAAUACAAUUAUGAAAUAUAUAAAUAUAAUUAGAUAUCCAUUGUCUAUUCAAAAAAAGAUUAUGGCACAAUACACAUUUGAUACUACUUACUAUAAUUUCUUUGCUUUAUUUAUUAACUCGAUAUAGUUGCAGAGUUCGAUUUUUUCACCUUUGCCAUUAAUGCGUUCACACAUUUCCUCCCAUUCAAUUGAAUUGCCUCAAACAAACAGUUAUCUAUUUUUCUUCUUGGAAAUAAUAAGCCCGUGUUGUCACCUGAGGUGCAGGAAACACAGGCACAGUUCAUCAAUCUUUACCCGCUCUGGAAAAUAACAUGGAACUGGAGGAUUGUAAAAAAAACUAAAGAGGACCAUCACAGCAGUAGGUGAUGCAAAGUUAACCCCCUCAAACCAAAAACAAACUCUACUCUACAAGCAUCCCCGUCCUACUGCGAACCGUGUGCCGUAAUGUACCCACAUCGAAAAUGUAGGUGACUGUUAGAAUGUAAUACAAGCCCUUUUGCGUCACUGGUUGAACGAGCAGCCUCACAGAGGGGAAGGAGAGGAGGGGUAGGAGGGUAAAGACGUGGAACACAGUUUUUUCGGGGACUUGGACGAAUUAGGGGGUUUCUGUUUGAUAGAGCAGGAGAAGUUGACUUCAUGAAUACUUAUUACCCGCCAGGCUCCGCCCAAGGCUGGCUAAGGUUGGUUACACAAUUAGGCUAAUGUCCCGCUCCUGCUCAGAAGUAGCGUCGCUCUUUGUACUGCUAACUCAUUAGCAUGCUCUGUGCAGAUGCUAUCAGGCUACAUUGAGGGUAACAGGGUCAACCUCCGUGGUCAUUUUUUUGGGGGGGGGGUUCAGUGGAGAGAGACGUACAUACGUUGAUUGAUUACGCAGCAAAACUUUUUUGAAGGACCUUUAUUUAUUUUUCAUAUUUUUUUCCUCAAGCUUUGUGACAAUUACCCCAUGUCGACGGAGUUCAAUGUUGAAAAUAUACAUGGGCAAACUCACACACGCACACACACACAAACAUGAACAUGCUUGCGGGGGAAGACAUUAGGCUUUGAAAGCGUAAUUGUACAGUUGUUUUAAUUUCCGAGCAAUAGAUGUUUUGUUUUUGGGUUGCUUUUUUUUUUACUGCCGUGCCCUGUGGGUUUCCAUUUGAUUCAUGAACCAAGCUACUGACUGACUAACUGGCUGACUGUGCCGUCCGCUGUCUCCUGUUUUAAAGGGAGCACUGUGUACACUUUUCCUCCACUGUUUACUUUCUAGUCCCUCCGUCUACCACAGCACUGAGCCGACCUUGUAGUCUCAGCGGAAGAUAUGAGUUCACAGCAUAGAUUUAUCUCCUCCAUUUACUUUCAUGAGCGACUGGCACCGGUAAUAAUAGACACAUUGUGCGUACGUUGUGGGUGGUUAUUUAUUGCUACACCAUAGGCAUGUGGAUCAACUUGCGCCUGAGGACAGAGACACGUGACAAACAAAGAGAAUACUUCUUCCACCAACUUGACAGGCGACAGUUUCCUAUAACAUUCAUUGAAUAAGUGUGGAAACAACGGACACAGUGCUCCUUUUAUCGGAGAUGUGUUCAUCUCUGAGCUGCAUGCCAAGGUUAUCUUGGGAAGAUUUCUGCUUUCAUUCUUUUUUUUUUAUAUAUUGUCCUUGUUUUGUAUAAUCUAAUAUUGCAGGACUUACCUUACUCUGCUCCCUCCAAGGACACGGUGAAAGGCAAACGUCACAAGUGGUUAUGUCCUAUCGAGUCCAUCCAUCAAAUAUAUCUGAAACCCUGCAAACUACUGUACACAGACUACCUAGUUACGGGAAUAUGUCCUUCACGAAUGGAGAAGGAAAGGUAUAGAUUUGCAGUGUCAUUAUAUCCAGAUCCAGGCCAUUAUCCGGGGUGUAGAAAUUCUAAUUUCCAGUCAGUAUUCAAAGCAAGGGACACCCCCCCCACCCCUCCUCCCUACCAGAAUCAAAUCCCAAAGAAUUGAUGUAGCAGCUGCGAGAGUCACUAAGCCUGAGAUUUAUUUGAGAGAAGAAGAAGAAGAAAAAAAAAAGGAAUAGGAUUUAGAGACACCUUUUUGAAAUGCAUUGGUAAUGGCACAGGGAAAGAAGGACCGACGGAGCUCCAGCAUCUGGGUGAUAGCCCCCUGGAGGGCCAUACGUCCUGGUUAGGAGCCACAGUCAUCACACGAUAGCUUUGAGGCUGAAAUUAAAGGUAGGAUUGCUUUCCGGACGUAAAAAAAACCUUCCCCCCCCCUCCCAAAUACACCGCCUCCCCGCCCCCCGUAGAGCUAGCAAGACUAUUUUUGUAAAGAAAUAUUAAUAAUGAAUUAUAAUAAUACACAAAAAAAUGAGUUUUAUUACUGUACAGCUUUUGUAUAAGAGCAGACGUUAAGGUGUUACAAUGUUUUGUUUGACCUCAACUGUGCUGUGUGUAAUUGUUUUAUGCAUUUACAAUCAUAUUUAUUAAAAUGGGAAGAGUCUGUAAUCUGUGUUUUCGUUGUUCAUCUCGCAGCAUUUAAAAAGGUAAAAUAAACAGACUUUUCAUGAUAUAGACAGAAAUCCAACUUCGUGGAUCUCACCUGGCCCAGGCUUUAUCACACUCCUCUGUUUGGCAUAAUAAUGCAUCGCUCAGGAGUCCGAUGCAAAGGUCAGAUCUUCAUCUUCCUCCCCACCUUUGUUUCCUGAACAAUCAUCGUCUGACGUCUGGUAUGUCCGUCAGCCAAUCCGGAGGGAUUCUCUGCUAUCACUAGGUGUCCUUAAACGGGAAGUAAGAUGAUAUAACGAUGACAGCAUGGUGAAUGGCGAUCGGCUUUUGUC